AUGCUUUUCACCAACCAUAGAGCACUGUUCAGUGCAGUACAGUGGUGCACUUUAAAGAGCCAGCGAGCUGAAGCGAAGCGUUCUUCUUUGUAUGCAGUAAAGGCUUCUGGUGGCAUUUGGAGCAAAAUAACGUUAACUUCAUAUACCAAAAUGUCCAACUUGGUUGCAUGCGCAACUGAACAGCUUUUAUGUAAGAGGAAGAAAAUGGUGAUGUCUGUUUCUGAGUUUCAUUUUGUUUCUGACAGAAUAAGCUACUAUUGUCGUGUGUAUUUUGGAGAAAGCACAAGUCACGGGUUCAACUCAAAAGUCCUUGUCUUUCCUGACUUAAUAUGUACAUAA